UCCUCCCAUCCAGUCUCUCUCACCCUCCCACCUCUUGUUUCCUGCUUACUGUGCACAGACGAAAACGGGAAAGAAGGCCUAAAUAGCUCUUUUUUCUCUCAAGAUUUCUCCUUCUGCAUCUUCUAAAUUCUGCAGUUUUCCUCUCUUGCAACAACCAUGCUCCGGCUGACUGCAGGGUGUGUGGGAAGCCUUCUGGCCAGGCGUGCUCCCGUCGCCUUAUCCACCAGCAGUGCGAGGAUGGCCAGCCAUGGUCACGACGUGGUGGAGACGGUGGACAUGUCUCAGCCAAUGUACGUGGACCGUCUGGACACCCCUCUGCCUGACAGACCCUACAAAGAUGUCCUGACCACUACUGACAAGAGCCUGAAACAGAAGGAGAAAGGUCCUUGGGGCCAGCUGACCAAUGAGGAAAAGAUUGCCUUGUACAGGAUGACUUUUGAGAAGACUUUCCCGGAGAUGAAGGUGAAGAACUCAGAGUGGAAGACUGUCAUUGGAGGAAUGUUCAUCUUUUUAGGCUUCACUGGCCUGGUGGUCUGGUGGCAGAGAAUUUACGUCUACCCUGAGCGCCCCAGGACCUUCGAGGAGGAGUGGCAGGCCAAACAGUUGAAGAGGAUGCUGGACAUGAAGGUCAACCCAAUCGAGGGCUUCUCGGCCAAGUGGGACUAUGAGAAGGGCCAGUGGAAGUAAAGCUUAGCUACACUGUGGCUGAGGUGGCACAGAGUAUGGACCCGUCACCUCAGGGAUUUGUUGCUCUAUAUGAAGCUCAUGUUAAAGUCAGUUCAUUUGAAUGUUGUAUCACAGCUAUGAAAAACCACUAAAGAGACGGGGCUUCUCCAGAACCAUCACCUCUGAGGUCAAUUUACUCUGUGCCACCUGUGGCCUCUUCCUCAACCACUGCAGCCUUCUGUCAUGGUGAAAACUGUCUGUACUGUUGUAACCAGAAUAAUAAAGUUGUUUUGCCUGAG